AUGUCCUGGUGUACUGGGCCAGCAGUUGGGGAUGGUGGCCACAGCUCCUGUGAUUGCAGAGGAGAUUGGAUUGCAAAAGCCACCCAGUUCCACUGGAGAAUUAAAACUAAACAGAGCCAUUAUUUGACUUGGCCUCUUCCGAAUCCAUGGUUUCACCUCUUUGCUUUGACUGUGUCCUGGUGUGGCUGCUAGUACUCACAGGGUCUUUGGAAGGGGUAUACGUAGCUGAAGUGGGUCAGAAUGCUGAUAUACCCUGCACCUACUCUCCAACCACUUCUGAUGAUCUUGUGCCUGUCUGCUGGGGCAGGGGACCCUGUCCUUUGUUUGAAUGUCAUAGUAUGGUGCUCAGCACAGAUGGAAAGAACUUGAAAUAUCAGACAUCCAACAGAUACCAGCUAAAGAGGAAUAUCCACAAAGGAGAUGUGUCCUUGACUAUAGAGAACGUGACUAAAACAGACAGUGGGACCUAUUGCUGCCGGAUCCAAUUCCCCGGCCCAAUGAAUGAUAAAAAAUUAAACGUGGAGUUGUUCAUCAAACCAGCCAAGGUCACCUCUGCUCGGACUCCAUGGAAGGACUUCACUGCAGCCUUUCCACGGAUGCUCACCACCAAGGGACAUGGCGCAGAGACACAGACACUGGAGGCCCUCCAUGAUAACCAACAAACACAAAUACCUACAUGGGCUAAUGAGUUACAAGACGCUGGUACGACCACCAGAAUGGCUGUCUACAUCGGAGCAGGGAUCUCUGCUGGACUGGCUCUCCUUCUUAUCAUUGGCGCUUUAAUUCUCACAUGGUAUUCUUAUAGAAAAGAGAAGUUACAGAAUUCAAGCCUCGUCACUUUGGCCAACCCCCCUCCCUCGGGGUUAACAAAUACAGGAGCAGGAGGAAUGCACUUGCAGGAAAACAUCUAUAUCAUUGAAGAGAACAUAUAUGAAAUGGAAGAUCCAUAUGAAUACUACUGCUAUGUCAACAAUGGGCAGCAAUCCUGACAACCUAGAGGUUUAACUCUUUAAAUGCCACCAGAUCCCACUAUGUCAUUUUUGAGUGUGGUUUCAUCUUUGGAAACUAUGAAAUGUGUCAGCUCAUUGGUUUUAGAGACUCUGUCCACAGCCACCGAGCAGAGUUUUUACAUUUUCUGAAGAUAAUUAGCUCCCACAGGGAGGGAACUGUGACCUGCACUGUAGUUAGGCACAACAUUACCUCUGUGUUUCAGCCACCAGGGCUACCCAACUCAGAGACUGCUUAAUAGGAGCAUUAGAGCUCAAAUGGGCUUUUAUAUAGAGUAGGAAUUCUUAAUAUGCGGUCCCUGAAAUGCUGGGAAAUUCAGUCACAUGAUGGAUCCACAAAACUCCUGAAAAUAUAGGAAAAAUUACAUGCUGAGAUACAUGCACGUCUUUUUGGACAGAAAGUCAAAAGGGGCCGCUGAUUUUCAAAGAGAUCUGUGACCUAUAAAAAGUUAAGCUACUGGAGGGGGAGGAGAUGGUCUCGAAUGUUCUCUCUGAGUCUCAAGACUUAAGCUUCUCUGAAUCUUGAUUCUUUGACAGUAAGUGUCACUGCAGAGCUCUCCUUUGCCAGUUAGGUAGACUGCCCACCAGUUCCUGUGGUGUGGCAGGAGCUCCCAGAGAAAAAGGAAGUGUGCUCUGAGUGUGUUGUGCCAAGUUUUUUCUGGGGCGCACUCAACGGGAAAUAUCUCCCAG